AUGGCUAUCUUCUCUGACUUCUUAGAAAAGACCGUUGAAGUCUUCAUGAACGAUUUCUCAGUCUUUGGAGACUCAUUCCAAUCAUGCCUAGAUAAUUUGGAGGCCAUCCUCACUCGAUGCGAGGAAACAAACCUUGUGCUGAAUUGGAAAAAAUGUCACUUCAUGAUGACUGAAGGAAUUGUCUUAGGCCACAAAGUAUCCAAGGCUGGGUUAGAAGUAGAUGAAGCCAAGAUAGAUGUCAUAGCAAAACUUCCACCAUCAUCGAAUGUGAAAGCUUUACGAAGUUUUCUAGGGCAUGUUGGCUUCUAUCGAAGGUUCGUUAAAGGAUUCUCUCAAAUUGCGCGGCCUCUAAGCGCAUUACUAGAGGCAAACCGACCCUAUGAUUUUAAUGAAGACUGCUGUGACGUGUUUGAAACAUUGAAAUAUGCGUUGACGACAGCUCCGGUAUUAAUAGCACCAAAUUGGACGUAG